AAGAUAUCAAACCCCUGGAGCUGGAGCUUCAGGUGGUUGUGAGCUGCUUGACUUAGGGGCUGGAACUGAACUCCACUGCCCUGCAAGAGCAGCAAGUGCUCCUAACUUCUGAGCCCUCUCUCCAGGCCCAUCUCCAGCCUCCCCUCCCUCAAUAGCUGCCAUGGGUUCCUGACUUCACUUCCCCUUAAUGAUGGCUGUAACCUGAAAGUGUAAGCCAAAGGAACCCUUUCCUCCCUCUGCUGUUUUGGAUAGGCUGUUUAAUCACAGCAACAGAAACUAAAUGAGAACACAUUCCAUUUGAAAUAAAACAUAUGAAGCUUUAGUAAAAGUAUACCCGGCAAGAUGACAAGAACCAAAACCAUGUAUCACAAUGCCCCUAAAAUUUAACCUCAAAAUGAGGCAAUAGUACAGAAGCAUUUCUAUAAUAUGUGAACAUCUAAUGCACAGGAAUUCUAGGCACAGAGGGAGCCCAUCAAUGUGCACAUAAUCCAGCCAUGACUGAAAAUGAUGAGGCAUUGGGAUUCAGGGAGAUUUGAGUACUGAGAUGGGUACUGGGCUGGGUCCUUCAGUUUUCCUAAUGAUAAUAGUGUUGGGUACCAAUGAUACUGUUAUUGUUUGUAAUGAAGAAUUUGUCUUGGUUUUCUCCUCAGAUACUUACUCUAGUUCUUUGUCCUAUACGAUGAGAAGAAUCAACAGAAUCUAUGGAGUUGUUGACAUACAAAAUAGUUUUUUCUCUGAAGUAGGCCUUGGGAUUUCAUUCAACAGCAUCCUCCUCCUCUUCCAUAUCCUUGAGUUUCUUCUUGAACACAGGCCCCGGACCACUGACCUGCUCAUCAGUCUCUUGGCCCUCAUCCACCUUGGGAUGCUACUGAUGAUGGGGCUCACAGCUGCUGACAUUUUUGCAUCUCAGAAUACACAGGGUGACAUCACAUGUCAAUCCCUUGUCCACUUGCACAGGUAUUUGAGGGGCCUCUCUCUCUCUGCCACCUGCCUGCUGAGUGUCCUUCAGGCUGUCACCCUCAGCCCCAGAAGCUCCUGUUUGGCAAAGUUCAAAACUAAAUCCCCACAGUACAGCCUGUGUUCUCUUCUUGUGCUGUGGGGAUUCUGCAUGUCCUGUGGUGCUCAUUUCUCAUUCUCCUCUGUUGCUGACUACAAUGUCACCUCACAAGGGCUCAUAUUUGUCACUGAAUCCUGCAUUAUUUUACCCAUGAGUUAUAUCAGCAGGCACUUAUUUUUCAUAUUGAGGAUAUUUCGGGAUGUGUCCUUUAUAGGUCUCAUGGUCCUCUCCACUUUCUACAUGAUGACCCUCCUGUGCAGGCACAAGAAGAAGUCCCAGCAUCUUCACAGCACCAGCCUUUCUCCAAAAGCAUCUCCAGAGCAAAGGGCCACCCGGACCAUCCUGCUGCUCGUGAGCUUCUUUGUGCUGAUGUCCUGUUUGGACUGCAUCAUCUCAGCCAGACUUAUGCACAGCAGGGACCCAAUCUGCCACAGUAUUCAGAUGAUGGUCUCCAAUAGCCAUGGCACCACCAGCCCUUUGCUGUUCAUUUGUACUGAAAACCGAAUUACUAACUUUUUGAAAUCCUUGGAAUUCGAGGACAUAGGAAAUGCUUAACUGUUGAGGAACUUAAGGAACCAACAUGCUAGCUGCUGAAUGGCGAUUCCUGGCCUAGUGCCAAUGUGCUUCUGGAUACAUGUAUAUAUGACUCACGAUUUGUUAAGCCUGCUUCCUUUGAAAUAUGGA